AGGACUCAGAUUUCAAGUGGGGCAACCAAAACCAGAAGCCAAAAAGCAGAGCAAUGGCUCUGAUAUCACUUUUGAAUCAAACAUGGCAACAGCUCCAGAGCAAUCUUUUCCUGCUUCCCAUUCUCUUCCUCUCUCUCUACAUUUUGCUUUCACUUGUUAGAUCAAGUGGGAAACCACUCAACCUACCACCUUCCCCACCAAAGCUGCCUAUAAUCGGAAACCUCCACCAGCUAGGUGCCUUCCCGCACCGCUCCCUUCGUGCUCUCUCGAAGAAGUAUGGCCCUCUGAUGUUUCUGAACUUGGGCAAUGUCCCUGCUCUGGUUGUUUCAUCUGCAGACAUGGCCAGGGAGGUCAUGAAGACUCAUGACACUGUCUUUUCUAGCCGACCACAAACCACUGCUCCUGGUAUCUUGUUCUAUGAAGGCCAUGACGUGGCCUUUGCGCCUUAUGGAGAUUACUGGAGGAAAGUUCGGAAGAUUUGUGUUCUUGAGCUGCUGAGUCUUAAAAGAGUGCAGCAGUUUCAGUAUGCUAGGGUGGAAGAAGUUGCAGAGAUGGUUGCCAAGAUUCGAAAAGCGUGUGGCGCGGAGUCUCCCAUUAAUCUCAGUGACACGCUGAUCUCCACCUCCAACAACAUUGUUUGUAGGUCUAUUCUCGGACGGAAGUUUGAUGAUGCAGAUGAUAGUUGGUUUGGGGACACGGCGAAAGAUUUGAUGGUGAAAGUAAUGAGCUUCAGCUUUGGAGAUUUCUUCCCUGCUUUGAGAUGGCUUGACCAUGUUAGAGGCUACAUUGCAGGUUUGAAAGCGAUUUUUUUGCGAUUCGAUAGGUUCUAUGAUCAGUUGAUUGAUGAACACAAGACAGCAAAUGGGGAAGGGAAGGCUACUAAGAAGGAUUUUGUGGAUAUUCUCCUCCAAGUUCAAAAUGAUGGCUCGCUUGACUUUGAUUUCACAAAAGAGGACCUCAAAGCACUUCUGCAGGACAUGUUUGUGGGUGGAAGCGAUACUAGUUCGACGUCGAUGGUAUGGCUAGUGGCAGAGCUUGUGAGAAACCCAAGAGUGAUGAAGAAAGUCCAAGAAGAAGUAAGAAGAGUUGUGGGGGAAAAGGGAAAGGUAGAAGAGAGUGACCUCAACCAAAUGAAGUACAUGAAAUGUGUCAUCAAAGAAAGUUUCAGAUUGCAUCCUCCAGCUCCUCUUUUAAUUCCUCGUGAAGCAACUGCAGAUGUGAAAUUGGGAGGCUACGACAUCCCGGCGAAAACAAGAGUGUUCGUCAGUGCAUUUGCCAUACAAAGGGACCCCAAAAUCUGGGACAAGCCAGAGGAGUUUAUCCCGGAGAGGUUCGAGGACAGCUCCAUUGAUUUCAAAGGCCAGGACUUUGAGCUCCUCCCAUUUGGUGCUGGGAGAAGGGGGUGCCCUGGAAUUGCCUUUGGGAUUGUUUCAGCUGAGCAGGUGCUUGCCAACAUUCUCUACUGGUUUGAUUGGAAAGUGCCUGAAACUAGUGGCAAUGCAUUGCCUGAGGCCUUGGACAUGAGUGAAGUUUACGGGCUCACAGUCCGAAAGAAAGCUCCUCUUAAUCUUGUGCCAGUGCCCUACUUCCCCUGAUCCCUCCAUCCAGGAGCCUUCAUGCUUUGCUUUGUUGUGUGUUUUUUUUUUUAUCAAACAGUUCUUUGUUUUUGUUGUAGAAGAAAUUGCAUCUGGAUUAAUAAUAUGGUCAAGUAUCAAUUCUACCUGAAACAUUUUGAUUGAUAAUGAGGGAAUAAACCCUAGAAAUUGUACCA